CGUGGGAGGGGGCGCGGGCCCGAACCCCCGCCCCGAACGGGGGUCCCGCCGUGCUGCGCCGCGGGGCGCGGGCGGGGCCGGGCCGGCGGGAUCUGGGCUGUUCAGAGGCGUCGCGGGGAACGGGAGGGGAAGGGGAAAGGAGGGGGGAUUCCCCCGCCGCCCCCCGCGCGGGGAGUGGGGGGGAGUGCGGGGGGCGCGGCGGGAGCGCGGCAGCGGGAGCGCGGCCAGGGAGGAGCGGCGAGGAGCGGAACGAGCCGGCGGCAUCCCCGGGCCCGGUGCGGGAUGCGGCGGAGCGCGGCGGCGUGCUGGGCGCUGGUGCUGCUGGCCGCCACCUUCUGCGACACGGUGGCCGGCAAGGGUGGGCGCGGCGGCGCCCGGGGGGCGGCCCGCGGCGCGGCGCGGGGGGCGGCCCGCAGCCGGCCGAGGGCGGCCGUGCCCCGGUACGGCUCUGCCGGGGCGGCCCUGCGCGUGGCGGGGGCGGCGGCGGCGGGAGCGGCGGCCGGCGUGGCGGCGGGGGCGGCCCUGCGCCGGGCCCGGCUGUCCGGAGAGCUGCAAGCGGGAGACGGCGUCGAGUACCGCGACGGCAACUGGACGGCGGCCGCCAGCGCCUGGACCUCCGCCGCGCCGGCCGGGACCCCGUCGGGCCGGGCCCUGCCCUGGCUCUGCCCGCUGGCCGCCCUCCUCCGCCGCUGAUGGAUUUAGGGGGACCUGACUGUGUCCGGUGCACCCACGAUGCCGCGAGGACCGGCCGCCCCCCCCGGGGCUGAGCCCCACGCCUCGGGCGAGCAGCGGCUCCCGGGGCAAUGGCCACCCACCGCCGGCGGGGCAGGACCCCCGCGGAAGACCCUCCACCACCACCCCUCCACACCGAGCCAGGCCCCGCCGGCUCUGACGGGCACCCUUCUGCACCGCGCCCCUGUCCGUGGCCUCGCCGUGUCCGGAGGCCGAGGAGGCGGCAAUAAAGCUGGGCGAAAG